AUGGAAGAGUUCAUGGAGGACCACCAUUGCGGAGACUCUCUCUUCCCAACCUCCACCCUCAUUCCUGUCACCACCAUUUGCAUCCUACUCUUCGUCAUCGGCAUAACCGGCAACACCAUGACCAUCCUCAUUAUCCAGCGCUUCAAGGACAUGAAGACCACCACCAACCUGUAUCUCUCCAGCAUGGCCAUCUCAGACCUGGUCAUCUUCCUUAGCCUCCCCUUCGACCUCUAUCGCCUCUGGAAGUAUGUACCCUGGGUCUUCGGGGAGCUGGUGUGCCGACUAUCACACUACAUCAACGAAGGAUGCACCAACGCCACCAUCCUCCACAUCACAGUGCUCAGCAUGGAGCGUUACCUGGCCAUCUGCUUCCCUUUCAAAGCCAAGGCUGCCAUCACCAAGCGAAGGGUCAAGUAUGUCAUUCUGGCUCUGUGGGGUUUUGCCCUACUGUCCGCUGCGCCAGUGUUCUUCCUGAUGGGUGUGGAGUACGAGAAUGAGACGAUGCCUGACCCGGACACUUUGCAGUGCAAGCACACACGCUAUGCCAUCGAAUCAGGGCUGCUGCGCACCACCAUCUGGGUGUCGACCGCCUACUUCUUCUGCCCCAUGUUUUGCCUGCUCUUUCUGUAUGGAUCCAUCGGUCGAAAGUUGUGGAAGAGUCGUCAUGAGCUUCAUGGGCCCAAUGCGGCAGCCAGACAGAAGGUUAACAGGCAGACCGUCAAGAUUCUGGCUGUUGUUGUGUCGGUCUUUGCCAUCUGCUGGCUUCCUUACCACAUCGGCCGGUUCCUCUUCACACACGUGGAUGACUACCACUCCGCCCGCCUCAGUCAGAACUUCAACGUGGCCUCCAUGGUGCUCUUCUACCUGAGCGCCUCAAUUAACCCCGUCCUCUACAACCUCAUGUCCAACAAAUACCGCUCCGCCGUCAAGCGCCUCUUCCUCUUGCCCCACAGGCGCCACCACGGGCCCAACCGGAGGCAUAUCUCGACCCGUGAUGACUUCACCGUGUGCACAGAGAUGUUCAAUGGAGUGAAGGAGACCGUGAUGACAGAGGAGGGCUUACGGUAA